UUGAAAAAAUAACGAGUAAAUGGUGUAACAUCAGGGAUGCUUUUAUGAGAAGUUUAAAAACCAAAAGUGGUCAGUCAUCCAAAAAAGAAUACUUGUACCAUGCGCAUUUGCAAUUUCUUUUAGCUGGUCAAGAAAACGACAAUACCCAAUCUAGCAAAAUUGUAGAUGAAUUGGCAACAUCAGCUAUCUGCGAGAGUGUUGUUAAUCCAACGGAAAAUGGUCACGCACCACUGGAUGAUCCAGCGGAAAUGAUCUGCAGUGAGUCAGGUAGUGCCUCUGCUGAGACCUCCACUAAAAUGUGUAAAAAACGCACACGCUCUCAACAGAACUUGAAUGAUCUCGAGAAAGAGAUCAUUAAGGAACUGAAGCGGCCUCGGUUGGAGAAGCCCCCUAGUACAUUUUUUUCAUCAUUUGAAGAAUAUGUCACAGACAUGAGUGAGAAUGAAAAAAUUGAACUGCACAUGGCUGUUCUAACAUCAAUUAUGAACAUUAAAGCUAAAAGAUCUCAACCAGUGUAUAUAGAAAGCUAUGAUCCACUUUAA